UAUCAUUGGAAUUGCCAUUCAAGAAGGCUGAUCCUGAAUCCCUUUCAGAAUUCUUUGGAACUCCAUAGCCCCCAGGAAAGAAGUCCAAUUGCAGGUCAUGUUGGCUUCCUUUGCCCAGAGAUAAGAUUAAGCAUUUCUUUUUGUUGGGUAUGUUCCUUUGAGACAUAUCUCCACCAAAAUAUGGAAAAUAGGAAAGGAUCACAAACCAGAGACAAUGUUUGUAUUGAAAUCAGAGAGGAUGCUCUUGUAACUUCUAUGAGAGAAAAGAUGGAAACUGUAUCUACUUCAGUUUGUAUCUCCAGAGUCCCUGAUGAACUUCGCAAGGGAAAUGCAAAGACAUAUAUCCCUCACAUGGUUUCCAUCGGUCCUUUUCACCAAGGAAAUGCUGAGCUAAAAGCCAUGGAAGACCAUAAGUGGCGCUAUUUGUACGCAGUCCUCAACCGAAAUUCGAACUUUGAAGCAAGCUUGGAAGGCUGUGUGAAAGUGCUUAGGGAGAUGGAGCACAGAGCAAGGAGAUGUUAUUCAGAAACUAUCAAUCUCCCCACUGAUGCCUUUGUGCAAAUGAUGUUAGUUGAUGGCUGUUUCAUCAUAGAGCUAUUCUUCAAGUACGCCUUCAAGAAUCUGAGACGCAGAAGUGAUCCUAUAUUUAGCAAACCUGGAUUGCUCUUUGACAUGAAGUGCAACUUGAUUUUACUAGAGAAUCAGAUUCCCUAUUUUGUUCUCCAACGCUUAUUUCAAAUCAUAUCAAUUCCUAAACAAUGUAAUCUGUCUCUCAAUGAGCUCGUCUUUCGUUUCUUCAACAAUAUGAUACCAGGAGAUAAGCAGGCUCUUUGGGAGAAGUUUGACCAAGAAGGGAAUCAUUUACUUGACAUGAUCCGCCACUAUUUCUUCCCAACAGGCCCAAGAAAGCAGCCAAAUUCUGGAACCCAGCAAGGCUUGGAUUGUGCAACACACCUCAAAAAAGCAGGAGUUAGGUUCAAGAAGGUAAAACACAAAAGCUUAUUAGAUGUUAAGUUUGUUAAUGGAGUCCUUGAAAUCCCAUCUCUAGAGAUUCAUGGGUAUACAGAAACACUCUUUAAGAACCUCAUUGCACAUGAGCAGCGCCACUGUGAUAACACACAGCACAUUACAUCUUAUGCCUUUCUGAUGGGCAGCCUAAUAUCCUCUGAGAAAGAUGUGAAGUUGCUGGGCAGACGGCAGAUUCUCAUCAGUGAUGAGGGCAAGGAGAAAGAGGUUUCUGAACUAUUCAGGAAACUCUGCAGGGAUGAGAAAGUGAAGGACUUUUAUUAUGAUGAUCUUUUUGAACAAGUGAAUGAAUACAAGAGAACCAAAUGGCAUGCAAGUUUGCAGAAACUGAAGUGCAAUCGUCCUGCUAAGAUUAUGUUCAUUGUGGCUAUUGGGCUUCUUGUUCUCACCUUUGUAGGAAGCUUAUUUUCUGUACUCUCAUUCUAUCUCCACCAUAAGUAG